AUGCCAAGUAAAAGCAACUUUCCACAAACAUCAGACAUCAUCACUCGCAGCAAAACAACGACUCCGAACAAAAUUCCAACCACCACCGUAUGGGAACCUCAUGGUACCUAUGAUCAUCAUCAACCAAUGACUAGUAUGCUCGGAGGCUCACACCACAAUCAACCAAUUCCGAAACCAAUUUCACUCGAUCAUCAUUUUCAACCUUUAACCGUCGACAACUUCAAUGGUGGUGCCUUUUCCUCUCAUCCACAUGCAAAUCAGAACUCACAUCAUACAUCAUCAUCACUCACAGCAUUGGAGGAUCCAUCUUCACUCCAUGGUGUGCUAGGAUCAACAUUUUCAUCAAAUUCCUCUUCUUCAGCCAAUACAAGUAGUAGUACUGGCAGUAGUGUAGUGAAGAUGAGCUACAAUAAUUUUCCAUCACCAAUCGAAACCACACAUCAUGAUCAAUUAAAUGAAUCAUCCACUACAAAUGUUCAACCAAAAACGAAUAAUACUCGUGUCACAUCCAUGACGACACAAUCAUCGAAUACGAAUGGCAACACCAACAGGUCGAACACACAUCCAAAAUCUUCAAAACGAAAACAUGUUUCUUCUAGUGUGAAAAAUAUGAACACUUCUCAACAACAACAAACAACAACAACAACGACUACACUCACAUUCAAACCAUAUCCUGCUGCAACGUCACACUCAACCUCUCCACACUAUAAUCCAUCUAGGCCCAACGAGCAACAAUCCUCUCGUCAAUUAUUAUUUAUUGAAGAAAAUGGUCAAACAAAAUCCUCUAAUUCAUUAACAUCAGGAACUGAUUCCAACCAUUUUGAAAUUUCUUGUGUUUCUUGUCGCAUUAAGCACAGAAAGUGUGAUAGGAAACUUCCCACAUGUUCCUAUUGUGCUCUAAGAGGUAUUGAAUGUGUCUAUCGAAAACCACGAAAAAAAGGUCGACAACAUGGAAAAUCCAAUUUGCAAGAAGAUUAUGAAGAUCCAACGUUGGAUGAUGAUCAAAAAACAAGUGAGGAUCAAAAGAAUGAUAGGAUUGAAGAAGAUCUCAAUGUGACGAGUAGUGCUUUGAUCACUCAACAGCAAGCACUACCAAGCUUUCUCGUACGACAACCAUCUUCAACGAGUGAUAGUACUAUACGACAUGAUGGUGCUAUUCGACAUGAUAGUACUAUACGACAUGAUAGUACAAUCUCGUUGGAUCAUUUUGGACUCUUCAAUCAAGCACAAACUCAAUUACAAAAUUCUCAAUUAUGGCUCCUGUUAAAUCAACAACCACCUCAACCAUUGCAACAACAACCAACCUCAAUUCCAUCCUUCAAUGUCUCUCUGUCAGAAUAUCCAACAAACCAAUGGAAUGCCAAUCCAUUACACCAUCCAGAGAAUUUACUUUUUCAAAUUCGAUCAUCUUUGCAAAACAAUGAUGAAACAAAUAAUGUCCAUACUCUACAUUCAUUUCUAACCUCAGAUUCAAUAAGUAGCCUAUUUCAAUUAUCAAAUAUGGUUGAACAUGAUCCAAAUACGAUUGAACAUGAUCCAAACAUGAAUACUGUUUCUACUGCCAUCACGUUAAACUCCUCUAAUCUUGUAUCCAUCGAUGACAUUACAGAACAGUUAAUGAAACGUUUAACGCUCGAAGACUAUUGUAAAUCCACUAGCUUUCCUCUCAUCGAUGAAAAGUCGGUUUCCAGUCUGCUACAAAAUGAAAAGAAACAAGCAGAGGCAAGUGCCUUGUUGUAUAGCAUUCACUCCUUAAUGUGCCAAAGAAAAGGACUUAAAUCAGAAGCUGAAUCUGCUCAUCAAAAAGCCAAAUCCAUUCUAUCUACAGUAUUUAAUACCUAUGAGAAUUUUCUAGUGGCCUGUUCGUAUUGUAAUUUGAGCAUGUACUGUAGUGGAGAGGGAAAUUUAGACGAAGCUCGAUUUUUCUUACAAUUUGUUGAUUAUUAUUUGGAUCAAGCGGAACAAAACACAACCGUCGAUCAUAUUGUUCACGUGAAUACGUAUCAUUUGAAAAUGUUGAAACAUGUGGCUGAAAUGGCAUGUGGAAUGGCUGUCAAGGAGACAGAAUCUCUUGACUCGACUGCUUCUUCCAUGAAGACAUUGGCAACGACAACGACCACAAUAACAACAACCACUGAAGAGCAUUCGGAUAAGGCCGAUAUUGGAAAUUUAUUGAUUGGAUUUUACAAAAUGUGUAGUGGAGCCAAACAAGCACCAAAACCUCUACUUUCUAUUGUUUCAAAACAAUUACUACGGAUACUGUCAAAUUGUAUUUAA